CUCUGUGUUCAAACCUUUCACACCUGAGAGAACUGGACCUGAGUGGAAAUAAACUAGAAAACAAAGGAGUGAAGCAUGUAUCUGAAACACUGAAGGAUGUACGCUGUAAACUGGAGAGAUUGAGGUUAAGAGGCUGUGAUAUGACAGAUAAAGGUUGUUCUGCUCUGACUUCAGCUCUGAAAUCAAACCCAUCACACCUGAGAGAGCUGAACCUGAGUAUGAAUGAACUAGGAGACGCUGGGUUUGAAAACCUCGGUGAUCUACUGAUGAAUCCACAAUGCAAGCUGGAAAUACUAGCUCUGUGUAAAUGCAGUAUUAAAGAGAAGCAGUGUGUCUCCCUGACUUCAGCUCUGAAAUCAAACCCAUCACACCUGAGAGAACUGGACCUCAGUGAGAAUGUACUUAAACACUCAAGAGUGAAUACAUUUUAUGAUAUACUGAAGGAUCCAUGCUGUAAACUGGAGAGAUUGAGGUUAAGGUCUUGUGAUAUAAAAGCUGAUGAUUGUUCAGCUCUGACUUCAGCUCUGAAAUCAAACCCAUCACACCUGAGAGAGCUGGACCUCAGUGGGAAUGAAAUAGGACAAUCGAGAGUGGAAAACCUCUGUGAUCUACUGAUGAACUCACAAUGCAAGCUGGAGAAACUAGUUCUGUGUGGAUGCAGUAUUACAGAGAAACAGUGUCUCAUCCUGACUUCAGCUCUGUGUUCAAACCUUUCACACCUGAGAGAACUGGACCUCAGUGGGAAUAAAAUAGAAAACAAAGGAGUGCAGAUCCUGUGUGACAUACUCGUUAAUUCACGCUGUAAACUGGAGAGACUGUG